AUGUUCUGUUGCCGCUCCUUUAAGCCAGGCAAGCAGCAUGACCUGCAGCAGCAGCAGCAACAGCAGCAGCAGCAGCAGCAGCAAAAGGAGCAGCAGCAGAAGAUUCAGUAUGAAGCCCAUGAUCGUCAUCCAGCUGUUGUUCAGCAGCAACUAUUGCAGCAGCAGCAGCAGCAGCAGGCAUUACUACAACAGCAGCAGCAACAGCAGCAACAACAACAACAACAACAACAACAACAGCAGCAGCAGCAGCAGCAGCAGCAGCAGCAGCAGCAGCAAGGUAGUCCUCCUCAUCUAAGUCCUGAGAGACAAGAAAAAGUUAUCGAAUUCAAAAAAACAAUUUUACAGAAAAAAAAAGAAAUCGAAAAUGAAUUCAAUAAUAGGCAACAAAUUGUACACGAUGUACUAAAUGUAUCUAAUAGAUUAAAUAGUAUAGACAGAUUAGGGUUUAUGAGUGUUUCUUCAUUAGCAUAUAAAUCUUCUCUUGAGGAAUAUUUACGAAUAAAAAGACAUCCUCUUUCUCUUAAGGAUUUCUCCUUUAUACAGGUACCGAAGUCUCGUGUGAGUCGUGCAUCAUCCCGUGAGCGUCAAUUUGCUGAGCGUGACUGUCUAGCCUUAUGCAGCAGCAGCAGCAGCGACAGCAUCAUAAGCAGCAGCAGCAGCAGCAGCAGCAGCAGCAGUAGCAGCAGUAGCAGUAAUGGAGCAAAAGGAGUAGUAUUACUGCAGCAAACCCUAGAAGAAGGACAACAUUUAUAUCAAUUAAUGCAAUUCUUAGAGGGAGGAAGCUUAAUGCAUUAUAUGCAUGCAAAACAAAGAUUUGAUGAACAAACUGCAAAAAUUUAUAUUGCACAACUUAUUAUUGCUGUCAGUGAAAUACAUAAAUUACAUUUUAUUCAUCGUGAUAUAAAGCCAGAUAACAUCGCCUUCUCUCGUGAUGGUCAUCUUAAACUUCUUGACUUUGGAUUGGCGAGGUUUGCUCCUCAUGUAUUUGCAGAUACACAGGAUAGCACGCUGCCAGAGAGCCUCGGCAGCAGCGGUGCAACGAGCUGCGCUUCGACAACUUUGAGUACUGACGCAUCUCUGCAUCACUCAGAGAAACACCAGCAACACAACUCUGGUAGCCUAGCUGCCCCUACCGAACCCCACAGCCUGCAGAGACCAUCAAGUUCUCUUUUACGUUCUGUCUGCGGUACCCCAAUGUAUACAGCACCUGAAGUACUACUCGGUUGCGGGUACGACUAUUCCGUCAACUGGGGCGGUGGGUACGACUAUUCGGUGGACUGGUGGUCUGUUGGUGUCGUGUUAUUUGAAAUGUUAUACGGAGGAAUUCCUUUUUGUCCUCCGCCUAAGUAUAGAGGAGAUGUACCCCAAUUUGUUAAAUUACAAGUAGCUAAUUAUCAUCUUGUAUGCCCAAUUCCUUAUCCUUCACCAAUAUCUGCAAUCCUUUCUCCUGAAGCAAUUUCUCUUAUGCAAAAGUUAGUAUGCGACUCUUCUGUUCGUUAUAAGAAAGGAUCAGAAAUAUUAAGUCAUCCUUUUUUUCGUGAUUUAAAUUUUUCUUCUUUGUUUGAUGAUCCUCAGCCUCUUGCUGCAGAUACACAACAAUAUGCAGCUAAACAUUAUCCAUCUUUAUUUGGUAAGGAUGGGGAAUUAUUGCUGCAGCAGCAACAGCAGCAGCAGCAACAGCAACAGCAGCAAGGGCAGCAAGUGCAGCAGCAAGGGCAGCAGCAAGGGGGGGGAGGGGGGGAACAACAGAUUCAGCAACAGCAGAAAGAGGGGGAAUGCAGCAGCAGCAACAACAACAACAGCAGCAGCAAUCGUAGCAGCAAUUGCAGCAAUACUCAAUUAAAAGAAACUAUGAGUAAACAAAAAGAUAAGAAAAAUAUACAAAAACAGAAGCAGCAGCAGCAGCAGCAGCAGCAACAGCAGCAACAGCAGCAGCAACAGCAUAAACAGCAGCAGCAAACACAUGCGGGAUGCUUAGCGACACUCCGUGCAGCAGCAAGGGGAGGUAGACAGGCAGCAGCUGCAGCAGCAGCAGCUGCUGCUGCUGCAGCAGAGCAGCAACAGAAACAGCAGCAGCAACAACAGCAGCAACAGCAGCAGCAGCAGCAACAGCAACGAUGCCAUAACAGCAAAGUUAUACCCAAACAAAGCGCAACAAAUGACGAAGACGUGGAUAUAUUAUUUGCUCGUUAUCCUUUUGAUUUACGCGCGGAGGUAAGCAGACCUAAUAUACAUAAAAUAAUUCAUGAUAAAAGAGUAGAAAAAGUGCUGCAUGCAGCAGCAGCAGCAGCAGCAGGGACAGCAGGAGGAGGAGGAGGAGGAGGAGGAGGAGGAGCAGCAGCAGCAGCAGCAGCAGCAGCAGCUGGAGGAAAUGUAGUUGUGCAUGCACAACAUAAUGCUGCAGCUGCUGCUGCUGCAUGCACCAACAGCACUAGCAGCAGCAGCAGCAACAUCAGUGCAUACACUGCAGACAGCAAACGCUAA